UGACUUGGACUGCCUCCUAUUACACACAAUAUGGUUUCUAGAUGAAUUACAGAUACGUGUUUUGAUAGAUGACAUGUUUUCGGAUGACCAAAUAUCUGGGUGGAACAUGGUCCACUGAGUUGUGGCCUUUAAGCAUUUGCAUAUCUUAUCUCAGUAGAUCAGCGACAUAUUUUUGAGUGUGUGUGCGUGCACAGUUUUGUUUGAGUGAAGUAGAAAAGGGGAAAUGCUAUCAGUGAAAGUCUGCAGAGGGUUCAUUAUAGAGACAGAGGACCUUGUCGACGCAUGUUAACAGGAUGCCUUCAUACACCGUUACUGUUGCCACGGGCUCCCAGUGGUUCGCCGGCACUGACGACUACAUCUAUCUGACCCUGGUGGGGGCAGAGAGCUGCAGUGAGAAAACACUCCUGGAUAAACCACUGUAUAAUGACUUUGAACGAGGAGCGGUGGACUCAUAUGACAUCAAAGUGGCAGAGAACCUCGGAGACAUAGAGCUCGUGAAGAUUGAGAAGAAAAAGUACUGGAUGCAUGACGACUGGUAUUGUAAAUAUAUUACGGUGAAGACACCCAUUGGAGAUUACAUUGAGUUCCCCUGUUUCCGCUGGGUAGUGGACGAUAAAGAGCUGAUCCUUCGAGAUGGCAGAGCUCGUUUGCCUCAGCAUGACAAAAGCCGGGUUGCAAAACAACACAGACGUAAGGAACUGGAAAACAGACAGAAGAUUUACAGAUGGAAGGAAUGGCAUCCUGGCUUUCCCAUGAGCAUUGAUGCAAAAACACAUAAAGAACUACCACGAGACAUCCAAUUUGACAGUGAAAAAGGUGUCGAUUUUGCCCUCAACUACACUAAAGCGAUCGAGAACCUGUGUGUUAACCAGUUUAUGCACAUGUUCCAGUCCUCUUGGGGAGAUUUUGCAGAUUUCGAGCGGAUAUUUAUGAGGAUCAACAACACAAUAUCAGAGUAUGUGAUGCAACACUGGAAGGAAGACUUUAUGUUUGGAUAUCAGUUCUUAAAUGGCUGUAAUCCGGUCAUGAUUCAGAAGUGUACAAAAAUACCAGAUAAGUUUCCAGUUACACAGGAAAUGGUGAAAGACUGCUUUGAAAAAGACCUGACUUUGGAAAAUGAGCUUAAGGCAGGAAACCUGUUCAUUGCAGAUUAUGAGAUAAUGGAAGACAUUACUCCUAAUGCUACAGAUCCUUGUACCCUGCAGUAUUUAGCUGCACCUAUUUGCUUGCUGCACAAGAACAGUGAGAACAAAAUUUUGCCAAUUGCCAUCCAGCUGAAUCAAAUCCCAGGGGAAGACAACCCCAUUUUUGUGCCUACUGAUAAUGAGUAUGACUGGCUACUGGCAAAGAUCUGGGUGAAAUCUUCAGACUUUCAUGUGCACCAGACAGUGACACACCUCCUGAAGACCCAUCUAAUAUCAGAGGUUUUUGCCAUUGCUAUGUUUCGACAGUUGCCAGCUGUUCAUCCGGUCUACAAGUUGCUUAUGCCACACAUUCGUUUCACAAUUGCCAUAAAUACGAAAGCUCGCGAGGAACUUAUCUGCGAAUGUGGACUCUUUGACAAGGCUAAUGGCACAGGUGGAGGUGGACAUGCAGAGCUAGUGCAAAAAGCUAUGAAGACUUUCACCUAUAAGUCCUUGUGCUUUCCUGAGUCCAUAAAGGCUCGAGGCAUGGACAGCAUAGAGGAGCUUCCCUACUACUUCUACCGAGAUGAUGGCCUCAGAGUAUGGGAGAUAAUCAAAAGUUUUGUGGAAGAAGUGAUGCACAUAUACUACGAUAGUGACAAAACAGUGCUGGAGGAUGAAGAGAUACAAGCGUUCGUCAAAGACGUUUGCAGCUUUGGAAUGCAAGAUUUUGACUCUUGUGAGUUCCCAAAAUCAUUGAAAAACCGAGAGCAGCUGGUGGAAUACGUGACUGUUAUAAUCUUCACAACUUCUGCACAACAUGCUGCCAUCAACUUUGGACAGUUUGACUGGUGUUCAUGGAUCCCAAACGCCCCCCCGACUAUGCGCAGGCCUCCGCCUACAAAGAAGGGUGAGGUGGAUCUACCAUUCAUCGUGACUAGUCUGCCUGACCGUGGUCGCUCCUGCUGGCAUCUCGGAGCAGUGUGGGCACUUAGUCAGUUCCAGGAAAAUGAGUUGUUCUUAGGCAUGUAUCCUGAUGAACACUUCAUUGAAAAAACGGUGAAGAAAGCCAUGGAGAAUUUCCAGAAAAAACUGGAUGAGCUUUCAAAAUUAAUUAAAAAUCGCAACGAAGGAAAGAAACUCCCCUACUACUACCUGUCUCCAGACAGAAUCCCAAACAGUGUGGCUGUCUAAGUCUGUAUACCUGGAGGUGGUGAAGAAAAAAAAAAUUCUGCACCAUUAUGCCAUAAAGUUAAUGUUGCCUGAUAUUUCUUAGUUUAAGAACAUAUACAGUACUAGAUUAUCGUACAUAUUACAGUACAUAGUACACAUACUGUAAUAGAAUUAUGAUAUUGCCUUAUGUAUAAUACACUUUUUUUAAUGAUAUGAUCGAUCUGUGAUAUGAUUAGUGGUUUGGAGUAAGUAAUUAUUCACAUUUUCUUCUUUUCUACAUGUUUGGCUUUUGUGGUAACAACU